UCAGAGGCCGGAGGCUGCGCCGGGCCAGUCCGCGAGCAGAGCCAGGCAGCCAGCGACGGGGAAGGAGGGUCGGGCGGAGCCGCUUGCCACACGACGGUCCAGACUCGCUUUCGCAGGCAGGAAGAUGUUGCAGGCGGCGUGGCGGAGUCCCAGCAAGGCGGCGGCGCCCCUCCACCGCCUCCUCGGCUGCAGACCUUCCUCGGCUGCAGCCGCCGCCGCCGCCGUGCCGCAGCCCAACACGCGGCCGGACGUUUCCUACAAGAAGAUUUUCAUCAACAACGAAUGGCAUGACGCCAUCAGCAAAAAAACAUUCCCAACCAUCAACCCAUCCACAGGAGAGGUCAUCUGCCAGGUUGCUGAAGGAGACAAGGCGGAUGUGGACAAAGCAGUCAAGGCAGCCAGAGAUGCAUUCAAGUUUGGAUCUCCAUGGAGAAGGAUGGAUGCUUCCCACCGGGGCAGACUGCUGAACCAUCUCGCUGACCUGAUUGAGAGAGACCGGGCUUAUCUGGCCGCUUUGGAAACGCUGGACAACGGCAAGCCGUAUGCUAUUGCAUAUCUGGUGGAUUUAGACAUGGUCAUCAAACACCUCCGGUACUAUGCAGGUUGGGCCGACAAAUUCCAUGGGAAAACUAUUUCCAUGGAUGGAGACUUCUUCACAUACACAAGACAUGAGCCAGUCGGGGUCUGUGGACAGAUCAUUCCGUGGAAUUUCCCACUGCUCAUGCAAGCCUGGAAACUGGGUCCAGCAUUGGCCACAGGGAAUGUGGUGGUGAUGAAACUAGCAGAGCAAACCCCCCUGACCGGUUUGUAUGUGGCCAGUCUGAUCAAAGAGGCCGGAUUUCCCCCUGGUGUGGUGAACAUCAUUCCUGGCUACGGGCACACAGCAGGGGCCGCCAUUGCUUCCCACAUGGAUGUAGAUAAAGUGGCGUUCACUGGCUCCACGGAGGUUGGGCAUCUAAUCCAAAAGGCGGCUGCUGAAAGUAAUUUGAAGAGAGUGACUCUGGAGCUUGGGGGAAAGAGCCCAAAUAUUAUCAUGUCUGAUGCUGACAUGGACUGGGCUGUUGAGCAAGCCCAUUCUGCCUUGUUCUUCAACCAAGGACAGUGCUGCUGCGCUGGUUCUCGGACGUAUGUCCAAGAAGAUAUAUACCAUGAGUUUGUGGAGAGGAGUGUGGAGCGAGCCAAAUCCAGGGUGGUUGGAAACCCGUUUGAUUUCAAGACAGAACAAGGACCUCAGGUAGAUGAGAAUCAGUAUAAGAAGGUCCUUGGAUACAUCAGUACUGGAAAAAAGGAAGGCGCAAAAUUGCUUUGUGGCGGCAAUCCUGCGGCAGACAAGGGCUACUUCAUCCAGCCAACCAUCUUCGGAGAAGUCCAAGACAACAUGAUUAUUGCUAAAGAAGAGAUAUUUGGGCCAGUCAUGCAGAUCCUAAAGUUCAAAAGCGUUGAGGAGGUCAUCAACAGAGCAAAUGACAGCAAGUACGGCUUGGCGGCAGCAAUCUUCUCCAAAGAUGUUGAUAAAGUGAACUACGUUUCUCAAGGCUUGCGUGCUGGAACAGUCUGGAUAAAUUGUUACAACGUAUUCGGCACCCAGGCUCCAUUUGGUGGCUACAAAGCAUCUGGGCAAGGUCGUGAAGGGGGAGAAUAUGGCUUGGAACCAUACACAGAGGUGAAAACUGUAACCAUCAAAGUUCCACAGAAGAAUUCCUAAAGUGCGCCUGCAACGUUUGUGCAUCUGAAAUGGAAUAUGUUUGACGCUAGCAAUAUAAGAAUAUGUAGAGAAACGUUCUUCACAAAGCAAACCUUAACCUCUACAAGUUAAGAAGCAUGUGUUCAAGAAAAAAACAUUUACCUAUCUGUUUAUAUUUUACCUGGAUCUUUUUCUACACCAAACAACUUAAUACAGUUUUGAAGUCUGAAACGUCCAUUCUAGCCCUCUGAAAAAUACGUUGCUGUGGGGCACCAGCUCAUAAAGAGCUUUUUGGGGUGGCUUUCAUAAGUAAGGGGAAGCAAAGUGCUGAGGGCUUAUUUCAUUUUCAUGUAGAACCUGAGCAGAAUUUGUCUCUCCUUUUCAUGUCAGAAUGCCGCUCUUAAGGAGCCGUUUUAGAGCAGCAAGUGCUGUGAAGGUGGAUCUUUUUCUACUAGCAACUUUUUUGAUUUUCUGUGAGCUUAUAUAAAUGGCCUAAAGCAAGUUUCAUAGUAAAACUACUUGAUUUAA